UCACAUUUCAGAAUAUUCUGGUUGAAAUGACGAGAAGGAAGAUAGCAAUAAAGAAGAUCGAGAACGUAGCUGCGAGGCAGGUGGCUUUCUCAAAGAGAAGGAAAGGUCUAUUCAAGAAGGCUAUGGAGCUGUCAACUCUCUGUGAUGCUGAGAUUGCUCUCUUAGUAUUUUCAGCUUCGGGCAAACUCUUUGAUUAUGCUAGUACAAGCACGAGGCAAGUAAUUGAAAGGAGAAACCUAUACUCAGAUGUGAACCUUGUGAAGUCAUACCAGCCACCUCAAGAGCUACAGGUUGAAGGUGAAUAUUUUAUGCUAAACAAGGAAAUAGAAGAGAAGACUCUUGAAAUAAGGCAAUUGAAUGGGGAAGAACUUCAAGAAUGCACACUUGAAGAAUUGCAGAAACUAGAGGAAAGACUUCAAAGAGGCUUGUCUCGAGUUUCAAAAACAAAGGAUGAAAGAUUCAUGAAACCCAUCAACGCACUAAAGAGAAAGGGAAUCCAACUCAUGGAAGAAAAUCGAACAUUGAAGCAGAGACUUGCACGUGAACGAGGCCAGUCUUCUGACUCCAUCGUCAUUUGCAGUUCAUCUGACAAUCCUCCUCAAGACGCUGAUAGUUUGAUGCAUCUCUCAGGCUGGGGUAACAACACUUCGCUCUCCUUCUCAAGAAUAAACCUCCCCUUCUCUCUUUUGAAGGAGAGAUUGGCUGAAAUGACGAGAAGGAAGAUAGCAAUAAAGAAGAUCGAGAACGUAGCUGCGAGGCAGGUGGCUUUCUCAAAGAGAAGGAAGGGUCUAUUCAAGAAGGCUAUGGAGCUGUCAACUCUCUGUGAUGCUGAGAUUGCUCUCUUAGUAUUUUCAGCUUCGGGCAAACUCUUUGAUUAUGCUAGUACAAGCACGAGGCAAGUAAUUGAAAGGAGAAACCUAUACUCAGAUGUGAACCUUGUGAAGUCAUACCAGCCACCUCAAGAGCUACAGGUGGAAGGUGAAUAUUUUAAGCUAAACAAGGAAGUAAAAGAGAACACUCUUGAAAUAAGGUAUUACUAUUACCAUUAUUAA